AUGUGACGCCACACCCACAUUCCGACGCUUCCGAUCCCCUGUUGCUCUCCUCCGAAAUCAAUUCCGCGUGCCGGACCCCUUUCAAGCCUUUCACCUCCUGACUUCCAUCCAAAAUAACCUCCUUUCUCAGCUCUCCUGGUCCGUUGUCAAGCGGCGCGUCUGUCAUCGUCAUGCGGAUGCUCGAGGGCGUCGCCCAAGCACGCGUCGUGCCAAUCUCCGAAGCUUUUUCCUCCGCUUUUCUCGGCGCGCUCAUCCCACGUCGUCCGCGCGCCACAGCAGCGCGUCUCCGCGGUCCCAAAACGUCAAUCUUUGCCUGUGUCUGUCUGCGCCCUCUCCUCGCCCUCUUGGAGCCUGUCCUUCCUGACGCCGCCCCAUUGCCGACCCCGACCCCGCCUUGGUCCCUUUUCUGUCCGCGUGCCGGGGCGACCAAUCUUCGCGUAUUCGGCCAGAGGCGCCGCCACCACCCCUAUUCCGGGCAGUCACACAAACUCUGCGUCCCUCUUCGCGUGGUCGCCGUCGGAGGCUGUCGUUCGCGAAUCUGAUCCUGUCACCGUCAAUCGCUUUAUACCGCUUUCCCAUGCCCACGCGAAGUGUGUUCGACCCGGUGUCGGACGAAUUUGGGCUUUUAUGUUCAUUUCCACGUGCAUAGGACAUAGGACAACGUCAAACA